AUGUUACAUUUCUCAGACAACAGUGCUAAUGUAGGCGGCGAUAGACUGUACAAAAUUAGACACAUUAUUGAUAAUCUGCGCACAUCGUUUCAGGGUGCAUUUUCACCUUAUCGGGAUGUGGUUAUCGAUGAAUCACUACUUCUUUACAAAGGAAGAUUAUCUUUCAAACAGUACAUUCCUUCAAAGAGAACUAGAUUUGGCGUGAAAACCUUUGUUAUGUGUGACUGCAGUACAGGAUACAUUUUAGAUUUCAUAGUGUACACUGGUGUCAACAGCGUCAUUACUGUGUCAGGUUUAGGGAAGAGGGUUGAUACUGUAUCCACUUUACUGAUGCCCUAUCUAGAAAAAGGCCUCAGACUUUAUGUAGAUAACUGGUACACUAGUCCAGAACUAUUUAUGUGGCUUCAUGGUCAGGCUACAAAUGCAUGUGGCACUCUGCGAAAAACUAGGAAACAUUUGCCCGAAAUAGACGAAAAGUUGAAGAAAGGAGAAAUUAGCUCCAAGUCUGCUUCAAGUUUGCUAGCCAUGAAAUGGUACGAUAAACGUGAGGUAUGGAUGCUAACAACAUGCCACAAUUCUGAUAUGGUAACAACAGGGAAAAAGGAUUGA